CCUUCCCCAUCACCUCCUCUUCAUCCACAGCAGACACACACACUCACAUUCUGCCUGCCGCCGCAGCCUUUUCAGGGCGACAGAAAGCAGCGCUGGCUCGUCCACACUCAGAGUUCCGGAGACAGACACAUUACAUAACCGCAGCUGCGGGAAAUACUCAAAAGCCCGGCAGACCUUCACAUGCAGGACAAGAAAACCGCGCAAGGAGCCAUCGGAGCGGCUGAGGAAACCGCCGCUGAAGGAUCUUUCUGGAGUCACAAAUAACAUCCAUUCUUCUACUGCUGCUGCAACAUGGACCAUUAUAGAUGCACAUACUGCAAGGCUUUGCAGAAUUUUGGAGACCUCUUGCAUAUUUUCUCAGUCCUAAUUCAUUGAAUGACCUUUAACUGAAGUGGGAGGCAGUUAACUGUGCAGGUAUGGUGGUACCCCUCAGCAAGCUCCACUGCCUCUUGAAGAGAGCUCAGAUGCUGCUGCUCUGCCUGGGCAUUGCCUAUCUGAUGGCAGGCAGCAUCCUGCUCCUGCAGCGCUCCACCAUCAAGACAGCUCCGCCCAAUCCCCCCAGCUUGCCACCCCUGCUGUCUCUCGUUGCACCCCCUGCUGCCCUUGGUACGGCAGGUAUAGGCAUGAGGGCACGUUCCAGAUGGGCUGCCGUUCAGGCUGUAUCUGGCGGGGGAGCCAAAGCAUCGCGGAACUGGACCGGUUCCCGCAGCCUGGGGGUCCAACACUUACAUCGCCGCUGGUUUCACAGUCUGCUGCCAGAGAGUCCAGAGCAGAAAGUGUCUCAGCACAGGAACAGCAGACACAAAGGAACAUACAUCGGCUGCUUCCUGCAUAACGCUAGUGACCGAGCCCUGGGUGGAACCAUGCUGUAUGACCUGCGCAAAAUGACCAGCUCCCUGUGUCAGGACACCUGCUCCGAAAGUGGAUACCAGUUUGCAGGCUUGGAGUAUGGAGCCGAGUGUCACUGUGGGAACCGGAUCAGCAGCCCGCAGGCUCCAGAGGAAGACUGCAGUCUGGUGUGCCGGGGCGAGAGGGGGUCUCCCUGUGGCGGCGUGGGCCGUCUCUCCAUUUACAAGGUGGAGGAGCAGCUGCCAGGUCACAGAAAAUUCAGAAACAUCCACCACCGUGGCUGCUUCAAGCUGACGAACAGCACCAUUGGUACCUUCCCCAUCCACUCCUUUCAGCUGAACCUGACCACACAGUCCUGCAUCGAGACGUGCACUGAUAAGGAGCUCCCCCUGGCUGUGUUGAAGAGACCCCAUUGUUUUUGCACGUGGACAUCAUCUCUUUUCAACAUCAACCAGCAGUUGGACAAGCAGCAGUGUGCAGAGAGCGAUUCUCAGAACCACACAGAAAGCUCUGAGUCCACAGCCCCAGCAGAGAGUGACCAUUACCAGGUGUAUCACACUCCUGUGCUCGACUCCAGGUGCAAAGAGAGGAUGUUUCUGCCCCAGAGAUCUUCCUCCCUGGUGGCUCUCUCCAGUUUUCCGGGGGCGGGCAACACCUGGGUCCGACACCUGAUUGAGCUUGUGACCGGAUACUACACUGGCAGCUUCUAUUUCGAUGGCAGUCUCUAUAACAGAGGCUUCAAAGGGGAGAAGGAUUACUGGAAGAGUGGCCGAAGUAUCUGUGUGAAGACCCAUGAAAGUGGUCAGAAAGAGAUCGAGAUGUUUGAUUCUGCCAUUCUGCUGAUUCGAAACCCUUACCGCUCUUUAAUAGCUGAAUUCAACCGCAAGUGUGCCGGACACCUGGGCCAUGCCUCAGAGGCACAGUGGGACAGCAAAGAAUGGCCAGAGUUUGUCUCCAGCUACGCCCCCUGGUGGGCCUCCCACGCCCUGAGCUGGCUGAAGUUUGGACGCCGUCUGCUGGUGGUGCAUUAUGAGGAGCUGCAGAAAGCCCUUCUCUCCCAGCUCCGUCUCAUUGCCGCCUUCCUAAACGUCACCAUCACAGAGGAAAGGCUGCUGUGCGCACAGAGCAACCAGGACGGCCAUUUCAAGCGGCCAGGGGCCCAGCGGUCAUCUUUUGACCCGUUCACGCCUGACAUGAGGGGGAUGAUUGACUCCUUCAUUCUUACAGUUGACCAGGCACUGCAGAGCAGGAACUUUAGCGGACUUCCACAGGAGUACCUCCCCAGAUGAUGGUGGGUAGACAUUGAAAUGACUGGUUCACCCUUGGCCUGAGAGAAGAAAGGUUUGUGGCUUAUUCUCAGCAGGAAGCAGGAGUGGCUGAUGUGAGGGGACCAAGUGACUCUUUAAAAAGCCAGGUCACAAAAAAGAUGACAGGUCACUGAGAAAUCCAGCAGAGAACAGUUGUUGAAAGCUUGAGGCCUUGACCUUUCCUCUGAAAGCAGCAUAGAUGACAAACACUCAGAAAAGAUUUGACAUGAACUGUUUACCUGAAGAAGGGUCUGGGUAAGCCAUGUCCCCACUGCCACAUUAUGGAUGUGCUUAACUCCUCUGGUUCUUAUCUCCACAGUCAUAAGCAUAUCCAGAUAUACUAACACAGAUGAUAAAGAGAGAGAUUUGUGUGUUGUAGCCACUGUUUCUUGACAGAGAAAAGCCUCAGAAAUGUCACAUGUGAUUGUACGGACUCUCAGUGGGAAAUCCCAUUAGCCAAUCACAAGCUGUGUGUGAAUUUCUAUGAAGAUGUCAUUAAAGAUUGGAAGCGAGAGCAACUGUA